AUCAGUCUGCAGCUGCAGGGAGACCAAUACUCAGAGAGACUAGAACUAAAGGACACACAGACACUCUAGGACACACAGACAAUCCAGGACACACAGAGACUCUAGGACACACAGAAACUGCACAACGAGAUCAUGUCUGUGAAAACUUCCCUCUCUCUGCUGAUCCUCCUCCUCUCAUUGGUAAGUUAGCUUUGGACUAAUGUAAAUAUGGAUGUAUUGUAAGUUUUUGGUUGUAUUGUAAGUUUUUGGUGUGCUACUGUAUGGAGGUGUGUGUUUGAACUACAUGUGCAUCAUUGCAGCAGAACUGGGUCAGCUGAGAGUCCUAAAGUUCAGGAUUGUUGCAUUUGUUCUGAUUUCAGCUGCUGCUGGUUUUGGACCCUCGUGUUUUUGACCCCCCUCCGUCUGUCCUCUGUUGUCAUGUUUUCCUCUGAAUGUGCCCUCUCCCUGCCUCACUCUGUCCACAUGUGAACCGCUGAGGGAAACAAAACAUGGAAAGUAUUUGCUGGCCCUGUGAGCUCAGCUUAGUGUCGCCCUCUUGUGGUUUAAAAACAGACCUGAACAGUGUCCUCACAGAUGACUGUAUCACCUCUGUGCAGAGUUUUCUGUCUGACCUCUGCUGUUACCUUGCUGUUACCAAAAAGAAAAUAAGCUCUUAUUCACUUUUAGUCUAAGCUCUGUUCUCAUGUCCUCAGAGCUAAAUGAAAAGAGAGUUGCUGUUCGUUGGUUUAAUUGAGGAGUUUUAUUAAACUAAAUCUGAGUAUGCAGAUGAAUAGAGGCAGGAAUUUUAGGGUCAAGGUCAUGUCCAGGGGUCCCUCUUCUUUUAUGUUCUGUCUAGUUUUACUCAAGUCAUGCUGAUAUGCUGAUAUGUUCUGUACCUGGAGGGUCUUUGCUGCUGCUCUCCCUGCCGUAGGUUUUACUCUACGCUCUCAGAAAAAACUGCUCUAGUUAAAGUUGGUGUUUAAACAGGUAGAGUAUAACUGAGAGAAAACGGUUAACAGUUUUGAGAACGAUGUAAACGUGAGUCUGAGAGUGUCGGCAUUUAUUCCUGAACUCCUGCUUUAGACAGCACCUCAGUUUGGCCUGUACAGUCUAUAAGUCAUAGACAUGCCCCUUUUCAUUUUAGAAAAAAGGUGGAAAAAGCUUUUUAAAAUCUCUAUAAAUAGUAUGUUUGAGUCAAAGUCCGCUCACACUCAUCCUCUGUAGUCUCCUCGUGAAUCAUGUUGCAGUCAGACUGUAAACAUUAACCCGCCUAAAGAAAGGAGGUCUUAUCACAGGUAUCCAAAUACCUGCAUAACCCACAUGUUGUCUGCUGCAGAGGCUCAUUUACAAGCAGACUUCAGCUGCCAGACUCAGAGGUCCUGGUUUAAACUGGACCACGUGGUGGAAACAUGUGAUGGUACUUCAGUGUUUGUUCACAGGUGUUUUUGAAGGAUGCAUCCUUUACCGUUUUGCGGUGCUGCAGAGUUACACAACAUGAUCACUCAUGUGGAGUGUGUGUGUGUCAGUCUAAUAUUUGCUCUCUUUAAUGCUGUUUUGGAAACACGUGUCUGUAGCUCUAAAUGCUCCUCUCUGUUUACCAGCUCCUCUCUAACUUCGGUGUCUGUGACUCAGGCCGUCGACGGUUUUUCUGGGAUUUUUUUAGAUGACAUGCGAGACGGACUAAAUCAGGGAAAGUAUGAGACGCUGAACUAAAUUAAGACCCAAACUAAGACCCAAAAAAGUUGUCCAGGUCUUAGAGGAUCGGCUUGUCUGAGGGCCCAUCCCUGUGAAUAAUACCAGGGAUGGGCCCUCUAAAUCUACUGUUGAUAAAAUCAAAUUAGCUACUGCAGCUUUAGGGUUUAAGAAAAACUGAAGUGAGGACAUUUCAAAGUGGUGACAUUGGUGAAAAAAACAGAUGGCACAGCCGGAACAUAAAGACAUGCUUGCAUAUGCUUUUCCCAAAAAAGAUAUUUUCCUUUUGCUCAUAGGACUACUGUUUACUGUUGACACCUGCGCACCAGACCAAGGUUCUGCUGACUUAACAACAUGCUGAAAGUUUUCAUCCCGGCCCAUUUGACAGAAAGUUUCCAGGAUUUUUAAGUUUUUUUCCAGAGUAUGCAGCCCAGUGAGCAUGUGCAGAAGGCUCCUCCAGGCCUGUUAACUUUUCUUUGCACAAGAGGAGUUUGUUGAAUGCAAAACACAUGGACAACAACUUGGAAAAGCGUGACUGAAAAAAACAAAUUGAAGCUGCAGGGCUGUGAUAGGCCAAAAAUAAAAAUCCGAUCUGACUGAAUAGGGGCUUAAAUAUCCAGGUCUCAUUAAUAAAGCCAUCCUAUUUAUGCAGUUCAAAAACCCAGUUGACCUUAUCUAAUUAAACAUCACAUUUCAAUUUCCCUAUGGGACAAAUAAACUACUACUACUACUAUUUAAACUCAAUUUUAAGAUUUCUGCUUUUCACUGAUCAGAGUAUCUGACAGUGCUCUCUCAGUGGGAUAUUGAAGGACAAUCCUGUGAGUGAAAACAGCAGAAAAUGUUGGUAACACAAUAAAAGGGUCUGACUCUGACCUGAGCCGGUACUCAGAGUCUAUCUGUGGCCGAAAAUUGAAUAUAAAACACUUUUUUUCUCCUGUUUUAUGAUCUUAACUUGUUUGUGUUUGUUUGUGUUUCAUUUCCCCCACAGACAGCAGCUCAGGACUGCUCCCAGCCCUGUUCUUGUCCCUCAGACCCCCCUCCUUGCCCCGUGGGGACCAGCCUGGUGUUGGAUGGCUGCGGAUGCUGUAAGGUGUGUGCCAGACAAGUGGGGGAGCCGUGCUCUCUGCUGGAGCCCUGUGACCACCAUAAAGAGCUGUACUGUGACUACAGCCUGCUGAGUGACACCGAGACCGGAGUCUGCAUGGGUAAGUCACUCUCAACUCUGUGAACAAUAGUGGACCCAGGAGACCAGUUUCUAGAGUUUGGACUAUAUUGUAACCCUUUUUUUUCUCCUAAAAAACGUCAUUGUCAGGAUGGCAACAGAUGUUUCAGAGGACGCAGCGUCCAUGAUUUACAAAAAGAAUGUCAGAUUAUGAUUAGUCUCAGUCUCUGGAUCCUGGUUCUACCUGGUUUCCUCAUUUUAUGGUUCAAUUUUAACCUCAUUUGUGGAUUCAGUGAUGAACUGUGUUUACAGACAAUAGUUUUUUAAGUGAGUUUAAGCCCAUGCACUGAUUUCCACUCCAGAGUCCUGUCUGUUUUAAUGCAGUGCUGCCUGAGGGCCUGAAAAUUAGGAUGACACAGUCUUGGUUUUGGUCCUUGUCCCUUUUGUACAAAUUUCUCCAGACUCUCUGAAUCUAUGAAUGAUAUUAUGUACUGUAGAUGAUGAAAUCCACUUAUUCUUUUACAUUUGACACUCAGAAACAUUAAUCUGAAACUGCAGUCUCUUAGUGACAUCCACAAAAAACUGGAACAUUUUUUAGUUGCUAAGCAUAAAAAUCUGUUUUUAUCACUAUUUAGCAUCCCUGGUUAUCUGGACAUCUUGGUCUGGUCCUGUGGUACUUUACUGUAAUAGAGAAGUCUUCUGUCCAUAGAGUAACAGUGGCGUAUUUGUGGUCCAUCUGCAGCUCAGGAGGGUCAGACAUGUGACCUCGGGGGAGUGAUUUACCGCAGUGGGGAGUCUUUCCAGCCCAGCUGUAAACAUCACUGUGUGUGUAUGAACGGAGAGAUCGGCUGUGUGCCCAUGUGUGCCAGCGAUGUUCGACUGCCUACCCCUGACUGCCCAUACCCCCGACGUAUCAGCAUCCCCGGAAAGUGCUGUGAAGAGUGGGUGUGUCAGGAGACGCCCCAGGACCAACUAUACGAGUCUGUGAUGGCCGGUCAGUGUCUGAACCGACAUUUAGGAUUCCCAGCUCUUUCUGUUGAUGUAGUUUAACCUCUACCCUCCUUUCUCCCCUCUUAGGAGUGUCUCAGAUUCACCCUCUGCCCCCCUCAGACCCAGACUCAGUCUUCAGACAGGGGUCCCCUUAUGGACCAAUUGAAGAGAGUCCCAGAGAUAACUGCAUCGUUCAGACCACAGAGUGGAGCGAGUGCUCGGCCUCCUGCGGCAUGGGCGUCUCCUCCCGCAUCACCAACGACAACCAGCGCUGCCAGCUGGAGAGACAGACCAGGAUCUGCAUGAUCCGACCCUGCAACAGCCAGCAGGACAGGGACAUCAAGGUCAGAGGGUUCACCUGAAGUUACAUAGCAGUUCAUUCACAAAGUUUGUCAUUGUUCAACUACAGUGAGAGGACCUAGUACAGUUCCUUGGGGAACUCCAUUUCUGCUUUUCUAUAUACAUGUAGAUUAGAGACCAUGACUGUGAUGAUUCUGACGCUUCUCUCUCUGAUUCUUGUCUCUGCAGAGGGGGAGGAAGUGUGUCCGUACACCAAAGGCCCAGCGGUUUAUGCGCUUUGAAUUGUCUGGCUGUUCCAGCGUCAGACUCUACCGGCCAAAGUUCUGCGGUGUCUGCACUGACAACCGCUGCUGCACGCCGCACCGCACCAUCACAGCACAAGUAGAGUUCCAGUGUCCAGAGGGAGACGUCUUCAUCAAGAAGAUGAUGUUCAUCAAGACCUGCUCCUGCCAUCAUGACUGUCCGCAAGACAAUGACAUUUUCCUGGCGUCCAGCUCUCGGAGGAUGAUCGGAGACUAUGACAACGACAUGUGAAGUUCUCACAGGUUCACAAAAAAUUAAAAGAUGAUUGCACUUACGCUCAACUCUGGAUAGAACUAAAUCAACCCUGAUGGGUGAGUGAUUUCAACUCCUGUAGAAGUCUGUCUGAAAAUCAUGGGCUCAGAUAGUAGAUUGACCUGGAAGAUGGACUUUUUAAAACGAACACAUUCAGUCUGAUCCACAGAAUAGGAUUUACUGGCUCACACCCUCAGCUCACAGCUUAUUUAGUCACAUUUAUAGAUGAAGGAGAGCAACAGUAUUUACCUUAGCUUAUUUCAUUUGAUGUUAAAAUGCUGUUUUAUUAUCCCGAAAUCUGUCACUCAGAGUUUGGAGUUGAUUGGUGAGUGUAAAAAAAAUCUGUCAAAUAUUUGAAGUUUUUUCACAAGAUUUAUUUUUGCACACACAAGCCAGUUUUUAUUGACCUUAGCCUGAUAGUGAACCGACGAGACUGAAAUUGAAGGUCCUCAAAUAUUUAUACCAAGAGAAAAUAAUCUUGAUUUAGUCCGUCAUAGAGAGGUGGACUAAAAAGCAUUUCAGUUUUACCAUGUCUGAUAUUUUGUAGUUAUGACAGAAGUUAAAGAAAUCAGCCUUUAACGUUCCUAAAAUUAUUGUACUUUUUUCUGUUAAUGAUGAGUUUGUAAUCUUCAGAUAUUGACAUUGUUGUCCCCAACAUCACUAUCCUGAAAAGAGGAGAAGGAGGACCCUGAGGGCUCUGCUUUACAUGUAAAAUAUGAAGGUACUUUAUGCAUGGGAAACAUUGGCUGUUAGUGGAAAAGUACGGUGGCUUACAAGGACAAUUGGGCUAAAAAGGCUCAAAUAGAUUUUACCAGGAGCAACAGGAUGCAAAGUUAGUACCAUGCAAACUAAAAAACAAACAUAAUCUGAGUCCAUUUAAGGUGGACCAAGAGGAAGAGGAAAGCUCUCCUAUCAGCUGACGGAUUAUAAUAUGGAUUCUUCCCUUUCAAAAUAAGACAAAGGCUUACUCCUGGCUAACAUUAUUAGGAUCAUUCUUGUAUUACUUUUGACUUGGUGGUGAAAACUGAUUGAUUUAGCAUCCUGAGAAUAUAAAACAUAACAGGACAGCUGAUUUACAAACACACAUAAACGAUUUAGACGUAGCUUCUGAAAAGAGGUGGACAUGUGACUGCUGCUUCAGUGUUUUCACCGUUUAAAGACUCUUUACCGAGUUUUGACAGGUUGGUCUUUAGAUCAGUGCAGAAAAGAAGAUUUCUGAAACAAGAGAAGUGCUGUAACUUUUCUUGAUACUGAAAAAGAAUAGAUGUAAAUACUGUAAGACUCUGUACAGUUUUGUACUGUAAUUUAUGUACCACCGUGUUUGUUACUCUAUAAUAAUAAUGUGUUCACUGUAACCACCUGACUGAGAUACAUCCUCUGUUGCACUUUUUUUUCUGUCUCUGCAGUAAAUAAAGUUUAUUUUUAUAGAAA